CGGCAAUCGGGGUGUUGUAUCAAAUGAUCCCGUUCGGUACACUCACCGGAAGAAGCGAUGAAGCGACCUCUGUUCUUUCACUUAACAAAUUCAUUUUGGUGGUGGUCAGACGAAUACUGGAGCCAUGUCUCAGAAGACCAAGAGUAAGGGAGAAUCUCAGAAAAAGAAGGCUCAAAGAGCAACAUCCAAUGUAUUUGCAAUGUUUCAACAGAAUCAAAUAGUCGAAUUUAAAGAGGCCUUCCAGCUUAUUGAUUCCAACAAAGAUGGGUUUAUUGAUAAAAACGACUUAAGAGCAACAUUCGAUUCUCUCGGAAGAAUAGUGAAAGAGGAUGAUUUGGAUGGAAUGAUAGCAGAAGCAACAGGACCUAUUAACUUUACCAUGUUCUUAACUAUCUUUGGAGAGCGUGUUUCAGGUUCUGAUCCCGAAGACGUGGUUAAACAAGCAUUUAAAACAUUUGAAACACCCGAAACAGGAAAAGUAUCUGAAAAUAUAUUAAGAAAAGCUUUAACUACUUGGGGAGAAAAAUUAUUAGACGAAGAAGUUGACGAAGUGUUUCGAGAGGCACCGAUUGAUAGAAAUGGAUUAAUUGAUAUCGAUUCGUAUGUCAAAUUAAUUUGUGGUUCGGCUCAAGACGAGGAAGAAGCAGCAUGAAGUCAUUUGUGUCAUUAAUAAA